ACAAUUAAUAUUAAUGUGCAGCCAGGAACAUAUCAGCACUUGUUCCGUGUUAUUGUUUAGCUUCAUUGGUUAUCUUACACUAGUUCCAACUGAAAUACUUGAAGAAGUCACCAUUAUUACCAGUAAUGUGCAUGUGUGUGUGUGUAGAAAUGUGUGCAUGUUUGUAUGUGUGGGCGUGUGUUCCAAUGUCGGGACCAGGAAACUAACAGUGGCAGGAGGAGGACUCAGGGACAAACGAAAGCAGAUAGAAUGUGCACCAGAGGGAGACCAGCUGCUUGGCAACUCCGCGGCCAACAACACGGCCAUCACACCGCCCGCGGACCUCCAGAGUCGGAUCCGCGUACAUAAAGAAGAGUACCUGAUCGGGUUCCAGAUCAGCCAUCUCACACACAAGGACUCGGGGGUUUAUAGGGUGGAAUGCUGGAAGAACCAGACGCUGUACAGCCAGCACAAACAGGAGCUGUUUGUGUGCAAUGAGGAAACCUCACCUGAAGAGAUUCAUGUGAAGGAAGAAAACGGAGGGGCUGAGAUUCAAUGCAACAGCAGAUACAUCGGUUUGGAGGGAACCUCUGUGCGCUGGUACUACGAGUCGUAUCCGUCAUACAAGCCAACGCUCCUCCUGGAUAGCAGCGUGUCGUUGGUGCCGCUGGUGGAGGAGCUACAGAGUGUGGUGGAGGUCAGAGAUCACGGGACGUUGCUCUUACUCAAAAACAGCCAGUUAAAGAAAAAUCUGCAUUUUAUUUGUCUUGUGAGCAAAGGUGAGAACUGUCUCAGUUUUCAGAAUGUGGAACCGUCAGAUGGCAGUGACAGCAGGUACAUUUUUGCCUUGGACGGGGACAAAGUGGUGUUACCAUGCCCCUCUGAAGGGAACGACCAGCACUGGGAGUCUCCCUUUGGGAGGGUCGAUGGUGACAGCGAGAAGAUGCACGUGUUAUUCGGUGACAAAUCUGAAGACUUCUCAUUGGUAAUUCCUGCUUUUUCUGAUGAGCUCAGUGGGGACUAUUCGUGCAUCUCCUCCUUGCUUGAAUUGCAGUACUUUCUGGUUAAUUGUUACCAAAAAGAAUCCCAAGAAAAAGUUGCCGUUGAGGGCGGGAACGCGCUGCUGGAGUGCCACGCUGACAGAGACGAUAUCCAAAGGGUGCAGUGGCACCGCCGAGAGCCUGGAUCGGGCAAAAAUAAACUUAUCUACGACUCAAGGGACGCGACUGUUCACAUCCCCGGGGAUCUGAGAGGAAGACUGUCUCUGUCUGAGAAUGGCUCCUUGUUCAAUAUAUUCCACCUGGAGGCGAGAGACCAAGGAGUGUACUGGUGUGUUGUUUUAGAAGACAACUUCCUGGACGAAUACACAGAUGAUACUGAGGAUGCAGACUCUGAAGAGCAAAUAGAGGAUGACCAGUACUUCGACAAUGGCACAUUCAAAUGCAUUUUCAAACAGGAGACCGAUUUGAGGGUAGAAAUUCGACCCACCAUAAAAACAGUAGUAGUAGAAAGGAGCCCGAAAUCUGCCCCCGAAGCCGAUCCAUCAACAGGCUCUAAUGUUGCUGCCUAUGCUGUGGGUGCAGGACUGGCAGUGCUGCUGCUGGUGGUUGGAGGGAUUGUAGCAGUGAUUGUAAUAAAGAGGAAAGCAGAGGUCACAGCGAACAGAGAAUUAACAAUAAGAGUGGAUCCUGGUUGUACUGAAGCUUUAGCCCCCCAAUAAUGAAUACAGAGUUUAACGGCUUUUGUAAAGUAGCUCCGAGGAAAUCUACAUCCAAAAGACAUUGAUUGUGCUUUUAAAUCUGUUCAUAAAACUGUAGUUGGUGAUUGUGAAAGAGAUGUCCUUUGCCUUCAUUUUUGUUCUCACGGUCCCUUACUGGCAUACAGUGUAAAUUCUGGAUUGGCCAGAAGUCAACAAGUGCAACGGCUGUCAUGACAGAAAGAAAAACCAGUCAGGCUGCUCAUCAGUCAACAAGGUCGUAACGAACUAAAAGUACCUGAAGCUCUGGUGUCAAAGAAACAUAAAGUCACUGCCCUGUGACAGUAUUAGUGCCGUGCACAUAAAAAAAGGAGUUUUUUAAGGUAAUUAAUGUAAAUAACUGACAACUAUUUCUUUAUUAAGCUCACUGAGUGCAUGGAUUUGUGUCUCUCGUUUCAAAUUUUUGAUUAAUCUUAAAGUUGUUUUUUAUUUUUCUAAGUCAUCACAACCUCCAUAUCAUUUCUAUCAUCUUGUGAUAGCGAGUCAGGAAGAUUCCCAAGACAUUAUGUAAAGUGCUUGCAUGAGUUAUUGACUGUAGCUGACUGUUGACAUAUUGAUUCAACUGUGCAUUUCAUAAAACAAUAUAAUGUCCUGUUUGUAUUUUAACAAAUGUGUGAAGCGUGCAUUGACAUAUUAAUAAACACUUUGAAGAAAGAA